AUGGCACGUGGUAUGUGGUCAACCCCCAAGUCCUCUGUCGAGAAGGUCCUCGUUGAGUCAAUGGCGCCAGGAUUUUUGAAAUGCAUGUACUCGAGUGGGCAUGAUGUGGCACGAGGUGGUUGGCGGAGCAGGCGGCGUAUUAAUGGUGUGGCGUUGAGUCCUGCGAGGGGUCGUGUCGAGUCAUGUCCCGUCGUUUCAACUGAUGCUUGCUGGGAUGGCUCCACGUGGACGCAUCCGAGCGUGAGCAAUGAAGAUAUGGACGACAGGGAUACUCAGUCAAGUGGUAUAAGAGGAGAAGGGCCAUAA